AUUAAUUCUCUGCGUCUAUAUACCCAACGCAUUAUUGUCCAUGUACACCGCCAUCCCCAUUCAUCCGUGUAUACCUAGAUUAUACGUAAUAUUGCUCGCAGGCGCCACGACGCACUCGGUCGUCGUAGAGGUCGCCGAAAAUACGACGACGGAUUUGACUGGCCAUUGAUGCAACCCCAGGCUGAGGGAGGAUUAUCGUUUGUUCACGUCUCACCUGACGAUGAGUUCGAUUCCGAUACUUUGGGAAUAAUUUCGAUCGCAUGAAAAAAUGGGGGAUGAAAUGUGCGGCGGAAAUUGUAUUUCAACCCCUACGGGUCUUUCGUAUUUCGGGGUUCGGAAUUAAACGGCAUUAUGGAGGGAAAUAUCAAUCGCUUGAUUGUGUGAAGGUGGUACGCUGAUAUUUGUGAUAUUUUCGAACGUACGUAUACGACGGAGAGGCGUGUGGGGUGUUUUAUCGCGAGUUCGGUCGUCGCAGUAGUUAUCGGGACUUGGGCGUCCCCGGUCCGCCAUCACCGAAGCUUUCGACGGCCGCCUCUCCCCGAAGAGUUCCGCUCCGGUGAUUGGCGGUUUCAUUUUGUACCUGGAAGGGGUCACCUUUCGGCGGGGGCGGUGCGAGCUUACACCGACGCACAAAAUCAAACUGCAGACAGAGCUCACAAACGCGUCAGCAGUUGUCGGUGCAGCGUCGUCACCGACCGAUUGUAAAAAUAAUCCCGAUAAUUUUCAGUGCAGCCAAAACUACCCCCCGAUACGGAUUACGAAAAUUUUCCGGUAAUCUCGCGCUCUCGUCACGUCCGAUUCACGUGCAAGUAAGACGCCGAUAUAAUCAGUGCGAUAUCGAGGGCGGUGAUUAUCGUGUGUGAAAAUCAGUGACGUGUGCGACGCGAUUAUGUAAAUUUAGACGAGCGAGAAGUAGAUUCGGUGAUUCAUGCAACUUUGGAAAAACUACCCCUUUCCCGCCAUUUGAUUUCUCUCGAAUCGCAAGUGCGGUAGACGCGCGCGGUGCCGACGCGAUCGAAAUGCAGCUGUGCAUCGGCGGUGAAUGAUCAACGUGCAGUGAUACGAUGUAAAAAGUGUGAUUCGCGAUAGGAUUUUGAUCAACGGAAACGGCAAUUCGAUCGGUAGGUCGCCGAUCACCUCUUUCCCACCACCGUCGAGUAAGAUAAAACGGAAAAGAAAGACCGAAAAAUCUAUCUGAUCUUGGUCAGGAUCUGUCGAAUCGUCGAAACAACCCCUAAUGGCGGACGUCAGUAGCCUUAGCAUGGUGUCGUCGUACAAUUCAUUGGCGAUGUACAGACAGCAGCAGCAAUCCGUCAGUUCCCACCAGUCGCUCGGUCAGCAGCAACAGCAUCAGCAUCCGCAGGGUCAGCAACAUCCCGGUGCGGGUGCUCCCGACGGACAGCAGUAUUGGUACGGUUAUCCUUACACGCAUCCUCACGCCGCGCAUCACCAGCCCUCCGGUCCUCAGCAGUACUUGGAACCGGCGGACGUCUUGGGCUGGCCGCCGCACCCCCAUCCGCACGCGCAUCCCCAUUAUCCGCACCACCUCCAGUACCAGCACCACCAACAAAGUUAUCACCAACAGCAGCAGCAGCAACAGCAGUCCCAGCAUCCGACGAUUCCCGGAUUCGCGGAAUGGAGCGGAGACGAUACGAAAAACGGCGUUGGUGCCAGCGAACCCAGUCCCCCGAUCACAGUCAGCGGCAGCGAAAUCAGCAGUCCCGGCACCCCCACUACACCCCCGGCUAACAACAACAACAACAACAACAACAACAACAACAACAACAACUUGGCGACAACACCCGUGAGACCAUCGCAGAUCAGAAGCCCCUUCGAGUGGAUGAAGAAACCCUCUUACCAAAGUCAGCCUAAUCCUGGGAAAACAAGAACCAAGGACAAAUAUCGGGUCGUAUACACGGACCACCAGAGGCUGGAACUCGAAAAAGAGUUUCAUUACAGCCGGUACAUCACCAUCAGACGCAAAGCGGAACUGGCGGCGAAUCUUGCGCUGUCGGAACGGCAGGUGAAAAUCUGGUUCCAAAACCGUCGGGCGAAGGAGCGUAAGCAGACGAAGAAGAGGGAGGAGCUGGACCAGAAGGAACCAAAAUCUGAGGGAGGUUUGUCGGGGGGUAGUGGAAUGUCCGGUUUAGCGGCACUCGGAGGAAUGGGAGGCAUGUUGGGCGGACUGACGUCCCUUUCGCUGGCGCCUCCGCCUCCACCGCUCCACCCUCACCCUCACCCUCACCCUCACGGUCAUCCGCAUCCCCAUACGGUUCUGGGCUUGUGACCGGAAGUCAUCGAGUCGACGGAAGCGUGGUCGAGCCACGCGCACUGAAUUUCCCAUUCGGAAUUCUUACGUCCGGCCGUUUUUUUUGUUUUUUUUUUUCUUUCUUCUCCAUCUUUUUAUUCCGAUCCUUAAUUUCUGUCAAAGUUCGUUUCUCGAUAGUCCCGAAGGCCGAUAUUUUCACAGUAUACUUACGCUAUUAGUUCUGCACCGUUAUACCAGGCUGACCGAGGCGCUGAAAGAGAAAAAGAAAUUGUGAGUAUUCUAAAAAAAGAUGAAUCGAGGUGCAGGGUUUCCAGUUAUUGGAAAUGAGAUUCGCGUUAUUUCGCACCUUACGAACCGCGAUAGUAAUAAGUGGUAAUAAUGCUGCAGCGCGUAAACACUCACGAGUUACGAGCACUCGCAGUCGCAGCAAGGUAGUUUCGAUGUAAAUCAAUUACCCUCUCGUUUAUCGAUUACAUAAUAAAUACUAUGAUUUCUGCACAUCUGUAUGAUGAGAUCCCACAAGUAAGAAAAAAAGAAAAUCAGCCUCCCGGCGUUAAAUGUUAUUAUAUUAUGGUUGUGUUAUUUGUUAAGAGAAUUAUCGAAAUGGCGAAAUAAUUACAGCGGUCGCUUGAUUAUGGCGUCAGACUCUCAGGUCAACCUCUUCGCCAGUUAUAACGGCAUUUUGUAAUGCAGAUUCAUUCGAUAAUCGUUAAAAGAGAUCAAAAAUAUUAGGCAGAGAGUGGCGCCCGAGGUCUGCGAGAAGGACGCUCCGCAAGAGUAUUAUAUUUACUUACGAUUAUAGUAGUGCUAUAGAAAGUAGUUAGACAAGUUUACCUUUGAAACACUUUUAAAACGGUGAGCAGGCGCGAUUUCAAAUGUAAUAUAAAAAUCUAUGUUAUAAAUACACACACGCACAUACGCGCGCGCACACACACACACACACACACCCGUGGUUAUCAACAGGGUAUUUCGGAUCGACGAGCGACAGGAAUAUUAAUAAUUCGACAAGGGAUUUCCUUGCGGAACAUUCAUUUCUUUUUCCUCCAUCCAGAUUACCCUGUUCACACGACAAAAAUGUGAUCAAUAUGAACGAAUGUACGUAAAAAGAAAAACUGAAAAAUGGAGAAAAAAAAAAAAAAAAAUUUCAAAACAAAAUGCCUUAUAAAAGCGCGAUAUCGUCGACGACGUCGUAUCGACGGUAUGAAAUUAACAACCCCGUAUCAAAUACGGGGCGCGGGUGUCAGAGUCGACUUUAUAUAUAUAGACAAAAUUAUUCUAAGUAGAUACAUUUAGGUAAUCGCAAUUCAUCUAUCCACACAUGCAGUAUUAGAACCUUCGAAUAAAGAAAAAUAAGUUUAAAUAAAACCCCAUGCGUACCUAUACCACGUUAUGAAGCGUCUGCACGAAUAUCUUCGUUAUGGCUGAUUAAUAAUUAUCGUCGUAUAUCAUCAACAUCAUCAUUAUGAUCAAUGCGCAAUUAUCGGACGCUGUGAUUAUUUAUAACUUCCGCGGAUUUUAUAAAUUCUUUUUUUUUUUUUUUUCGGUGCAUCAUCGCGCGGUUAAUAUAAUUGUUUGACUUGCGUAUACGUGUAUUAUAUACGAUUACGAAUUAGUUAAAGGCUAUAAUGGAUUAGUGCAGUACCUUAUUAAUUCUAUAACAUACUUGUACGUAUAUCUUGACUGUAUAUGUAAAUAUAUUUCUGUAUAAUAAUUACACACGUAACACACGCAUAUACCCGCAUAAUUAUAAUAUUACACUUAUUGAAUGAUCAUCGUUUAAAUAAUAUGCGAAUAUUAUAAAAUUCGGCGCCCGAACAAGCAUAAGCUCUGCAGUGCCUUGUAGUUUUCACUGUGCACGAUAUUAAUUAAUACAUAUAUGGAUAUGUAAUUAUACCUUGCGAUUCCGGUGAAAUGGGUUGCGAUCAACGUCUGCGUCGAAAUAUUCCAAUUUCUCGGUCUCCGAACGAGCCCGAGCUCCGCUAGAGUCAGCUUAGCCAGCAGCGUAGACGUUUUGUAGCCAGGUGUCACCUUGAGGGCUGUAGAUCACAACAAGGCGCUUACGCCCGUGGCUACGCUGACGCCAGGCGAAGCUCGGGCUCGUUCGGAGACCGAGAAAUUCGAAUAUUUCGAAGCAUGCGUUGAUCGCGACCAUUUUCAACAGAAUCGCACUGUAUACGUAGACGUAAUAAUAUGGAAGAACGAAAUAGUAACAGUAAUAAUUAUUGUUAUCCUUAUUAUUUUUAUUAACAUUAUUUCUAUAAUUAUUAGUGUUAUUAUCGAGGGCAUAUUGCAUAUGCAUUCUGUACCCAUCUUGUAUAGCGCAUGUUAUGUAAAUAUUAUAUACUGAUAACAUAUGUGACAGAGGGAAAUAAUUGAUUGCGCGUGAUGAAGGUGCAGCGAUUGAGGAGGAAAAACAAAAUAAUUAAACAAUAAGAAAAGGAAAAAGAAAAAAACCGAUAACAAAAAAAUAAUCUCACGUUAUUAUGAUUCAAACUGUAAAUAUAGAUGUAACAAAUCGUAAGUUAUUAUCAUUAUUUCACUGUUAAGCAUCUAGUAUAGUAUUAUUAUACGAAACGUUUGUGAUCCCAUUGCAAAUUCCGAAAUAUACAAUCUUAUGUUUAAUAAAAAAAAAUGUGACAAAAAAAAAAAAA